CUAAUUAUUACAUUUACAUGGGUAUUUAGGUAAUUAUUGGCCCUUAACUUCACGUUUAUAUAAAGUACUGCCCCCUCUCUGAUUCCCAUGCACACACACUACGAUCCUUCUUACCAUCAUGGACUUGAGAAUUGCCACAAUAUCGUUUAUCUUCUCUCUUCUUAUCACCACCAACAGAGCCUUUGAUCCCUGUGCCUCCCAAUCGGACGGCUCAGACCUCUCUGUCUUUCCCACCUAUGGCAAAUGCUCUCCGUUCGAACCACCCAAGACCGACUCGUGGGUCAACACGGUCAUGAAAAUGGCCUCUAAGGACCCGGAAAGGGUCAAAUACUUGGCGAGCCUAGGUGCCCAAAAGAAGGUCGUCUCUGCCCCGAUAGCAUCGGGUCAGCAACUCUUUAACCUCGCCAACUACGUCGUCCGAGUCCAACUCGGUACGCCGGGUCAACCCAUGUUCAUGGUCCUGGACACCAGCAACGACGCUGCGUGGGUCCCGUGCGCCGGUUGCACCGGGUGCUCCAACACAGCUUUUUCGACCAACACUUCGUCUACUUACGGGUGGUUGGAUUGCUCCGUGCCUCAGUGCUCUCAGGUCAGAGGAUCCACGUGCCCGUUGACGGGGUCCGUUCCGUGCCUCUUUAACCAAUCCUACGGUGGAGAUUCAUCUUUCACGGCCACCCUAGUUCAGGACUCUCUCGGAUUAGGCGCUGAUGUAGUUCCGAACUACCAUUUUGGGUGUAUUAGCUCCGUCUCCGGAGGGUCAAUACCACCGCAAGGGCUGUUGGGACUGGGUCGUGGACCCUUGUCCUUGAUGUCACAGUCCGGGUCACUCUACUCCGGCGUGUUCUCGUACUGUCUACCCAGUUUCAAAUCCUACUACUUCUCUGGGUCACUCAAACUCGGUCCCGCUAGCCAACCCAAGAACAUCCGGACCACCCCACUUCUCCGGAACCCGCACCGUUCAUCCUUGUACUAUUUGAACCUCACCGGAAUCAGCAUUGGUCGUGUUCUCGUCCCCAUUGCUCCCGAACAUCUAGCAUAUGAUCCUAUCACCGGCGCCGGAACCAUCAUAGACUCGGGCACGGUCGUGACCCGAUUUGUCGAACCCAUUUACACGGCUAUCCGGGACGAAUUCAGGAAACAAGUGAAAGGUCCAUUCUCAUCGCUUGGUGUGUUCGAUACGUGCUUCGCUGCCACCAGCGAAGCUAUGACGCCCCGAGUGACGUUUCAUUUCACGGGCUUGGACUUGGUGCUGCCAGUGGAGAAUAGCUUGAUCCAUAGCAGUUCUGGGACUCUGGCAUGUUUGUCUAUGGCGGCGGCGCCGAAUAAUGUGAACUCGGUGUUGAAUGUUAUAGCCAAUCUGCAGCAGCAAAACCUUAGGAUCAUGUUUGAUGUUACGAAUUCUCGCUUGGGAAUUGCACGUGAACUAUGUAAUUAGACUAGCCUUCUUUUUCUUUUCUUGCCGUAAGUCUAGCAACAUGUGUGAUCAUUAAAUUAUGCCUUAAUAAUGCCAAGCAAAAACAGGUGGAGAAAGGAAUAGCGUACGAUCGAUGAUAAGGUUGCCCUGAUCAUGUUAUGGACAUUAUUGUAUGGCUGUAAUAUAUAUGCAUUUUAUGGUUUUGGGAA